AUGGCCAAGGAGGCGUCUCUAACUGAGCUAUGCGCAAUCUGCCAUGAGAAUACACGGAAAUACAAGUGUCCUCGAUGCGCGAGCCGCACCUGCUCCCUCGCCUGCUCCAAACGCCACAAGUUAUGGUCGCAAUGUUCUGGCGUCCGGGACCCUGCUGAAUACCUUAAACGAAACGAGUUAGCAACCCCUGCUGCAUUCGACAAGGACUUCAAUUUCAUCACAGGGAUAGAGCGGUCUCUUGAGCGCGCUGAAGUCGAUGCCGAAAAGCGGGGGAUCGACUUGGACACCGGCGUCGAUGUCCACGGGGGCAAGGCAAAGAGGCGGAACGACUUUGCCAGAGGCGAGGUGCCGCUGCAGCGUGGCUUAGAGAAGAGUGGCGUGUGUAUCGUCAAGGCUCCGAAGGGGAUGACACGGAACAAGCAGAAUUCUUCCCAUUGGCAUAAGAAACAAAAAUGCCUUAAUUGGGCGGUUGAGUGGAUAUUCCCCGGCUGCCAGAAGACGAUCUCCAAGUGUCUUGUCACCGCUAGUGUUGGAACAGCGCUUGCACGGCUCCCGCUGACGAAGGAGCUAGGCUAUAGUGGCCGUGGAGAUGAGAAGGUAGCGGAACGGCCUACGAAAAAGAGGAAGCUGUCCACGGGGAAAGCUACAAAGGCAGAACCUACAGUUGCAGAGGAAGAAGACACAAAUAAAGCUGGCCUGGUUGAGUGUGUCAAUGAUGGCGAAGCAGAUAUUGAUACACUGCCAGAUGAUGUAUCUUCGACUUGGACACUGAGCCCAGAGCCACUGCCACAAUCGACAAGUGUCGAAAGCGAACCACUCCCUGUAUCGCUCCCGGAACCCCUACUAACCCCUACGCCUCUAGCUACACCUAAAGAUAACCCUUCACCCAGCGAUGCUGCUCGUUCGAAACUACACAUCUACCUUCACCGGCCACAAACGUGCGCCAAAGUUCCAGUCCUUAUACCGAUAACAGACCAAUCAAUGGCGUUAGGUGACGUCCUUCGUGGGAAAACAGUUCUUGAGUUCCCCACCUUCUACGCCCUUGAGCACGCCCCGAAUGAACUACCAGGAGAUAUAUACUUGCUGGAAGAUCAGUAUAUAACUCAAUACGGGGACGGCAAGGAAGCCGAGGGUUCCGGGGAAGAGGGAGAAGUGGAUGAAGAGGAAGAAAGCGAAGAAGCGAAGAAGCUGGCCGAGGUCAAUGCAUUAAAGGUUAUGGAAGUGCUGAGAAAGGAUUUGGAAACCAACGUUGCGUCAUAUUUUGAAUGA